AUGCGAGACUCCCCGCACUGGUGGAUUCAGCUUGAAAAGUCUCUGCAGCGGAAUAGAGUCCAUGCUUUUGCACGCUACUUCCAGGUGGCCACAGUCCGACCAGACGGUCGCCCCGCGAACCGUACUGUAGUUUACCGUGGUACGGUGGAGCGAGGCAAGGACGCUGCACCCUACGUUACCUUCGUAUCAGACCUGCGCUCUGGCAAGCACAAAGACUUGGAGAAGUGUACGUGGUGUGAGAUCUGCUGGUACAUGCCCGUUACACGUGAACAGUACCGAAUCACUGGCUGUGCAGAAGUCGUCGGUGCUUCUGGCGCAGACGCUUUCCUCAGAGAGGCUCGGAAAGAGGUCUGGUGCCGACUGACGCCGCCUCUGCAGGCGCCGUUUCUGGCGCCAACCCCAGGUCUUCCGCUACGAGUCGCCAGCGCCUCGAAACCAGAGAUCAAGCUCGACGAUGCAGGUGUCCCUGAUUCGUUCGGUCUCGUGCUGGUUUUGGCAACUCGUGUGGAUUACUUGCAACUCGCGAAAUCCAAUGGACCACCACCACAUCGAACUUGUUACUAUCGGAAUAUCGGAGCGCCAGAUGUCAAAGAUGCGAACGCUGCAACAGAAGUUGAAGUUUGGGAGAUGGAGGCACUGCAGCCGUGA